AUGCCGUGCGAUGACUCCUCGGUUGCUGAGGCAGAGACAGAGCGCCCACAGGAGAACACCCAGGUGCCGGAGGACCCUUCGCUUGCUGAAGCACAGGACAAUCACAAGGAAAGCGAGAAGGGUGGCGAAGCUGCCGCUGCCGCUGCACAAGUCGAGGCUGAAGAGGUUGAUGUGAAGGAGCAACGACCCAAGGAGCCCGUGGAAGAGAAAGUCACAGCUGAAGAGGAGCACGCGCCCUCGGAUGCCGCGGCCGCGGCCGGAUGCACUGAAACGGCCGAGCCGGAUGGCUCUGGAGAUGCUGAGCCUGAGAAGGCCGGCGAGGAGGAGCCCCAGGCCUCCAAGCCAACAGAUCAAGAGAGCGAUGUGAUGCCAAAGGCCGUAGAAGCUCCUUCCCUGCCCGCAGACAUGAAAGAAGACGAGAAAGAGGUCCAAAGCGCGCAGAAAGACGAAGAGCAGAAGACCCAAGAGAAGGAUCUGCCUGUGGAAGCCGAAGCAGCAUCGGGCAGUCAAGAUGAGGUGGCUCCUGAUGCAGCUCCGAAUGCAGCUCCUGUUUCGGGCGAGGAGGCAGACGCACCCCAAAGCCCGGCGGAAAGCCCGGCCUCGCCGAUGGCCUUAGCCAGCCCGAGCAAGGGCCAGGCCGAGGCAUCGCCAGCCGAGGCAUCGGCCUACAGCCCCGAGGAUGGCCCCGUCGACCAAGACAAGGCGAAAGAAGAACAACUGCGAAAGCUUGCUGAACUGGAAGCUGCGUUGGCUCCUUUUGCGACCAUCGAGCCCAAGUCUUCUGACAUCCCCCAGGAUGUAAAGGAGGAGGUCAAAGGCCCAAAGGCGGGCGAAGAGGCGGACACAGGCAAGGACCAGAGCUUGUUUGCCAACGUUGCCCUGGACGAGAAGGGCACGGAAGCAAGAAAGAAGGCCGCGAAGUCCGCGCGAGAAAGAGAGGAGAAGGAGAAGGCGGAGAAGGGAAAGAUGGAGAAGGAGAAGAAGUUGAGAGGCUGGUCCCAGGGCCGCAGCCGAAGCCGGAGAGCUCGCAGACGCUCGCCCAGCCCCAAGAAGGGCCGGGACCGGUCCCAGGAACGGAAGCGAUCGCCGAAACGCUCGCCCAAGCGGUCUCCGAAGCGGUCGCCCAGGAGAUCGGCGAAGUCUCCGAAGCGGUCUCCCAAGAGGUCGCCCAGAAGAUCUCCCAAGAGGUCGCCGGUCCGGAGAUCGCCCAAGCGGUCCCCGGCGAAGCGAUCCGUGAAGCGACAAAAGCGGUCCCGCUCGCGCAGCCGCCGCAGCCGCAGCCGGCGUGGUCGGUCCGCGGGCCGCGGGCCCUCGGCGAAGCGCCGGCGCGCCGUGGCGAAGGCCUCGUCUUCUGCCAGCCGAGAUGCCAGGCGGCGAUCGCCCCAGGCCCAAAAGCGAAAGGAGAAGCCUCAGCCUGCUGUGAGUAAAGUCAAAAGGCCCAAAAGCUCCAGCUCGGACACGAAACUCAGCCGCCGGAAGGCGAAAGCACGGGCCAAGUGCUCCAGCUCAUCGCCUGCUAAGGCUCCCGCCAAGACAGCAAAGACUUCAGCCAAGACGCCGCCAAAAGCCCCUCCCAAGACUCCGAAGCCGCAGGCGCAGGGAGGCGAUGAGAGUCGAACCUCACCGAAGAAGCAGACAGCCAAAGCAGAUCAAAAGAAGCCCGCUGUGAAGAAGAAGCCUCCGCCGUCCUCUUCGAGCUCGCCAUCGCCGGCACGGCCCAAGCCGAAGGCCACCAAUGCCAUUCCGGUGAAGAAGACCAUAGCAAAGAAAGCGGUGACCAAGAAGUCUGAGUCCUCAUCGGCUUCCUCCACAUCACCAGCUGGACCGCCCACGAAGGCGACCAAGCCGAAGACGGAUGCCAGUGCCAAAGCCAAGCAAGACAAAGACAAGCCUAAAGUCAAGUCCAACGCGGCUCGAGCAGCCCCAAAAGCCAAAUCAGCUGCAAGUACCAAACCACCCAAGCCAAAAGGGGCGGAGCCCAAGUCGACCCCAUCCACUCCUCAGGCAAAGCCCUCAGCGGCAAAAUCAUCCGCUCCGGCCCCUCCCGUCAAAGCUGGCACGCCGAAGUCCAGCGCCAAGGAGGCGGAGAAGCCGAAGCCCGUCCAAAACGAGGCACUCGGAGAGAGGCCAGAGAAAGUGAAGCGGAAGAAGAAGAAGGCGCCAAAGACAACAGGCACAGCCACAGCCGCCAUGGCCCCCAAGGCUCCAGAGCCCAAGGGUGCGGCCAGAGCGGCCAAAGCCAAGGCCAUCUCAUCCCCUCAACUCGUCUCCGUGACCGCCGCGACCCGCAAGCCGGCAGCUGACGACCCCAGGGGCCCCAGCAGCGACAGUGAUGUGGAGAUCGUGGCUGCGGACAUCAACUGGUCCUCUUCUCGGCAGUCCGGUUUGCGGCCCGGCACGAAUCCGCAAAAGAGGCGGGCACCGGAGGAGGUCUUGGCCGCGGCGCUCAUGGACGUGUUGGUUCCGAAGCCGACGGGUCCAGAUGCCGCGGAUUUGUCCCCAGCCGAAGCCGCUCUUCUCAGAAGGCAGCAGAUGCGGAGGCGUCUCUCCGACACGUCCGACUGGGCACAGCCCGUGGAUGUCACGGCCCCAGCACCACCUGAGGCCGACGAGGAGUUGCCGAAGGCCAAGGGCGAGAAGGGCAGAGAUGUGCUUGAACAGAAGCUGAAGAUGACGCAGAAGCAGCUCUUGCAGCUUCAGCUUGGAAUCAAGCAGCAACAACUGGAAAAGCUUAAGGCUCGAAUGCGCGGCAAGCGAUCCAGAAACACAUUUUUCCCGGCGCGGCCACGACGCCUGCCAGCUCAGCCAGCUACUUCCGCCGGACCGAGCCCAGAGCCUUCCAAGCCACCGCCACCAGUGCUCCCAGAUGCCUCAGCGUCAGCUGCAUCGCCCCCCAGUCCCAAAGACCGCUCUGAGAAGCGUCGCCCGACCCCAUCACCGCCUGAGCCCAUCCAGGCUCCACAAGCCCCAAUGCGCGCUGAGCGCAGCCAGGUGAUCCCAAAGCCCGCAGAGGUCGCGGCUCCUGCAAAGCCCAUGGCAACCCCGGCUCCCGCGGCCCCCGCGGCCCCCGCGGCUCCUGCGCUCCCCGUGUCCACCGCUGUGCCCCCCGCGGUGCAUCCUGCGCUCCGACCCGCUGCGUUGAAGAAGAGCCUCGCCGAUGCCUACUUCGAGAAGAAAGCUCAGGUCGAGAGGCAGAAAGCUUUGCUUCAGGAGGCCUUGGCCAAGCGCAAAGAGUUGCAGGGAAAGGCAGUCAAGUCCGGCGAUGGGGCAACGCCAGCCUAG